GUCCUCCCGAAACUUUUUUUCUGGUGCACUGUAUUUGAGACUAGCGGUUGGAGCUGAGAGUCGCAGGUGGCUCGUCCCCGCUCCCUGUGGGAACUCUGAGGGCUGCAGAACCCUUAGCGAGGACACCGGGACACCCCGGAACCUGGGAAUGGAGUCAGUGACCUUUAAGGAUGUGGCCGUGAACUUCACCCUGGAGGAAUGGGCUCUGUUGGGUCUUUCCCAAAAGAAGCUCUACAGAGAUGUAAUGCAGGAAACCCUGAGGAACCUAGUUGCCAUAGAAGAAACGUGAAGACCCAAACAUUGAAGACGAGUGCAAAAAGCCCAGGAAAAAUCUAAGAAGUCAAGUUAUAGACAAGCUCUGUGAAUAUAAUGAAGGCAAUCAAUAUGGUGAAAACUUCAGCCAGACACCGGAGCAUGUUAUAAGGAAGAAAACUCCCCUUAGAGUUUCACCAUCUGAAAGCUGUAUUUUGGAAGAGGUCCGCAAUAGUUUUUCAUCGGACAAGGUGACCCUCAGGGAUCGCACUGUGUUCAAACUUCAUGAGAAUCAGGAAUAUGGAGAGAGUCCUUUUCAUCAUAAGAAAAGUGGGAAACCCUUCAGUUGUCCACGAGACUUCAGGAAGCUUGAAAGGAUUCUAACUGGAGAGGAACCUUCUGAGUGUAAACAAGGUGGGAAUGACUUUACUUAUUCCACUUUACUUCAAAGGCAUAAAAGAAUUCAUAGUGGAAAGAAAUGCCAUGUAUGUAAGCAUUGUGGGAAAAUAUGUAGAAGUUCCAGUUCCCUUCAAAUACAUGAAAGAAUUCACACAGGAGAGAAACCUUACAUGUGUAAGCAUUGUGGGAAAGCUUUCAG